AUGGGGUUUACAGAAUACUCGGCGGGGCCUCCCCGUCUGGGCUGGCUUGUGAACCUCAACACGGUUCAGACAGUGGACAAGAGUUCUAAUGCUGCAAUCAGUGCAAUCAUGGGCUACUUCCUCUCCCAGGAUGGGACCAUGUUCAGGAGUGCCUUCCCCUUCAGCCCCUACUUUUACCUCCACGUCAAGGCGGGGCAGGAGGCUGAGGUGGACAGCUGGCUGCGGCGCAAGCAUGAGGGCUUGAUCCUGGAUACUGAACUGGUGGAGCGAGAGGAUCUUGAUCUGGAAAACCACCUGUCGGGCGCGAAGCGCACCCUCCUGCGCGUGUCUUUCCGCACCCAGGAUCAGCUGUCCAAGGUCCGCCGGGAGCUCAUGCCCAUCCUCUACCGCAACAAGUCCAAGCGGGGCACAGCCUCGGUGGCCGGCGAGGAGUCGUCGCGGCGCUGGAACAGGAAGGGCCAGGGCGCCGAGGACGCGCUGCUGGACAUGAGGGAGCACGACGUCCCCCACCACGUGCGCUUCGCCAUCGACACCGACGUGCGCUGUGGGGCGUGGUACUCCGUCUCGGCUCAGCAAGGGAGGAUGUCGCUGGAGCCCAGGCCCGAAAUGGUGCAGCGGGCGGAGGCACGGGUGUGCGCCUUCGACAUCGAGACCACCAAGCUGCCCCUCCAGUUCCCCAAUGCCGAGCACGACCAAGUCUUCAUGAUCUCCUACAUGAUCGAUCGCCAAGGGUACCUGAUCACCAACAGGGAGGUGGUGGCCGAGGACAUCGAGGACUUUGAGUACACUCCCAAACCGGAGUUUGAAGGUCCUUUCACCAUCUUCAACUGCGAGAAUGAGGCCGCGCUGCUCAAGAAAUGGUUUGAGCACAUGCGGGAGACCAAGCCCUCCAUCUUUGUGACAUACAACGGCGACUUUUUCGACUGGCCAUUCAUCGAGACGCGUGCACAUAAGCAUGGGCUGGACAUGGGGGCCGAGAUCGGGUUCAGGUGCAAUCGUGUGAGCAACGAGACACUGAGCAGGUCAGCGGUGCACAUGGACUGCAUGCACUGGGUGAACCGCGACUCGUACCUUCCUCAAGGCUCUCGUGGGCUCAAGAUGGUCACCAAAUACAAGCUGGGGUACGACCCUGUGGAGGUGGAUCCUGAAGAUAUGGUCCGUUUUGCAGCGGAGAGGCCCCAAUCCAUGGCCAGUUACAGCGUAUCAGAUGCAGUAGCCACCUACUACCUGUACAUGACCUACGUUCACCCCUUCAUCCUGAGUCUGGCAACCAUCAUCCCAAUGCCACCUGACGAGGUGCUCCGGAAGGGGUCGGGGACGCUGUGUGAGGCGCUGCUCAUGGUCCAAGCCUACAAGGCCAACGUGGUGGCUCCCAACAAGCACACGUCCUCCACCGAGAACAUGUAUGGGGGCAGGUUGCUGGAUUCUGAGACGUACAUUGGCGGCAAGGUCGAGGCACUGGAGUCUGGAGUAUUCCGCAGCGAUAUUCCCUGCAAAUUCCGUCUUUCUUCGGCUGCAUACCAGGGGCUCCUGGACAACCUGGACGCUGACCUCAAGUAUGCAAUCGAGACGGAGGGGAAGAUGGACAUGGGCGACGUGACGAACUAUGCAGAGAUCAGAGCUGCAAUAGCCACCCAGCUGGAGGCGCUCCGAGACUGCCCCAUCAGGGACGAGACCCCCCUCAUCUAUCAUCUGGAUGUGGCGGCCAUGCUGCAACCCAGCGCCAUCACCACCGACGAGCGUUGUGCAGCCUGCGACUUCAAUAAACCCGGAAAGACCUGCCUGAGACCCAUGGAGUGGGUGUGGCGUGGGGAGACCUUCUCUGCGACACGGACCGAGUACUUUUCGUUGAAGACACAGCUCCAGUCUGAGAUGUUCCCGCCCCUCGGCCCUGGGGCGCCACAGCGCAGCUGGUACGAGUUGACCAGCGAAGAGCGGAGCAAGAACCUGAAGGCUCGCCUGAAGGGCUACUGCCAGAAGGUGUACAAGCGAGUCCUGAACAAGCCCACUACGGAGCUGAGGAGCGCAGGAAUCUGCCAGAGAGAGAAUUCAUUCUACUACGAUACCGUCGAGUCCUUCAGGGAUCGGCGGUAUGAGUACAAGGGUCUGAACAAGGAAUGGAAGGGGAGGCUGGACAAGGCCAAGGCUUCCGGCAACCCCAUCCGCAUCCAGGAGGCAGCAGACAUGUGCGUCCUCUACGACUCACUCCAGCUGGCGCACAAGUGCAUCCUCAACUCCUUCUAUGGAUACGUGAUGCGCAAAGGGGCUCGCUGGUACAGCAUGGAGAUGGCUGGCGUAGUGACUCACACGGGGGCAAACAUCAUCAAGCGCGCCAACGAGCUGAUCGGGCAGAUUGGGCGGCCCCUGGAACUGGACACCGACGGCAUCUGGUGUGCGCUGCCGGGGUCCUUCCCAGAGACGUUCAAGGUGCCCGGCCGUGGGUUCAAGUCCCAGUCCGGCAAGACCUUCAAGCUGAGCUAUCCCUGCGCGAUGCUGAACGUCAUGGUCGCCGCCAACAACACAAAUGACCAAUUUGCUGUCCUCCACGAUGACCGAACCAAAGAGUAUCGCACCGAGUCGCGCAUGAGCAUCGAAUUCGAGGUGGAUGGCCCAUACAAGGCGAUGAUCCUGCCGGCAUCCAAGGAGGAGGGCAAGCUGAUCAAGAAGCGCUACGCCGUGUUCAACCACGACGGCACGCUGGCCGAGCUCAAGGGCUUUGAGCUGAAGCGUCGUGGGGAGCUGAAGCUCAUCAAGGUCUUCCAGGCUGAGAUUUUCGACCAGUUCCUGCGCGGCGACUCCCUCCAGGGCUGCUAUGACGCCGUGGCUGGGGUGGCCAACCGCUGGCUGGACAUGCUGGACACCCAGGGCACGGACCUGACAGACACAGAGCUCGUGGACCUCAUCUCGGAGAUGUGUGUCAUGUCCAAGAGCCUGGAGGCCUAUGAGGGCCGCAAGAGCUGCGCCGUCACCUGCGCCAAUCGCCUGAGUCAGUUCCUGGGGGACGAGCGCAUCAAGGACAAGGCAAGGCGCUUGGGCCUGGUGUGCAACUACGUGAUCGCCCGCAACCCUUCCAGCGCACCCACGUCCGGCCGCGCCAUCCCGGUGGCCAUCUUCUCCACGGAGCCGGCCAUCGCGCGCACGUACCUGCGCCGCUGGGAGCGACUGGGAAGUGCCAUCCAGAAGAUCAUCACCAUCCCUGCAGCCAUGCAGCUGAUUCCCAACCCUGUGCCCAGGGUGGCGCACCCGGACUGGCUGCUGCGCAAGGUCCGAGAGAAGACCGACACCCACAAGCAGCGGCGGCUUGACGCCAUGCUGGGUCCUGCCACGGCCAAGCCCAGCAUCGGUCUGGCAGGAGCACCACAUGCACCAGUGGAGGAGGAGCAGCCCAGGGUCCAAGGGUAUCCCGUGGCGCUCCGAGCGGCGGCCCUGAGCUCUGAGGAGGAUCCUGCGAGUGGGGAGGAGGCACCCAGCGAGGCCUGCCCCUCCCGUCACGAAAACUACGCCCAGUGGCUGGAGGUCAAGAAGCGGCUGUGGCGACAGGGCGUGGAGGCGCGCAAGAAGCGGCGCACCGCGGCCGAGCCCAACCACCGACGCGGCGGCAGGGAGGGCCCGGCCCAGAAUCCGGAGGCAGGCGCAGGGGGUCUGGCCGGCAUGCUGCGGCAGCAGGCUGCCUCUGCUGCCUCCCUGCACUGGCAGGUGGUGGGCAUCGAUCACACAGAGCAACCAGGCGUGUACAAAUGCUGGGCCGUCCUGGGUGGGCGCAUGCACGCCAUCCCGCUCCGCAUCCCCCGCACCUUCUUCGCCAACCUGCUGGCCCCACCCAGCCACCCACUGGUGGCCGACAUGGGGGUGCUGGCGCGCCGUGCACUGCCCCACGGUGCAGCCGCAGCGACCCUGGUCCAGAUCGUCAUGGAUGAGGCGUCCUUCCGAGCCGAGCAGGCAGCGCUGAAUGAGCGCUUGCUGGCGCUGCGGGCCCUCAGAGUCUACGAGGACACCCUGCCGCCCACAUACAACGCCUGCCUGCAGUUGGGGUGCGUUACCGCGUUCAACGCCCCAUCGGAGGCCCGGAACCUUGGCUCAGGGGUGGACCUAGCUGAGCUGGGCAUGAAGACGGUCACAGAGUGCGAUUAUCUGGAGCCUGGGGUCCUGCGCCACAUGGCGCUGUGCCAGACUUCUGAUGCCGGACGGGGCCUGCACCUCCUCAUCCUCCACGUGCCUGUCGAUCAAAGGCUGCACAUCUGGGUGAUCAACCCGGCGCCAAGGAGCCAGGCCGAGAUAACCGAGGGGGCAGCCACCCGGGUGUGGACGGAAGCCACCGCAGCGGUGCUGGAGCGUGGAGACCACCCCGCCGGGACGCUGCCGACACAGCCGGCCAUGGACAUCUCCUAUGCACGCUCGGAUGCGCAGGCAUACACCGCGAUCAACAGACUGCUCCUGGGUCUCAGGGACCGAGCCCUGGGCCCCACCCUGCUCCUGGUCAGCUCCCCCGAGGAGAGCACCCUGCGCCAGUCCCUGCCCAGCUUGCGAGACUGGCCCACCACGGCCGUGUCCACCCCCGCCCAGGCCGUCCCCUUCCCCGCCCUGGGCUGGCAGCUGCCUGCCCUGCGUGCCGCAGCGUCCCAGGCGCUGGCCUGCCCCGCCUGGCUGGAGGCCCGGCUGCAAGCAGCGCGCUACGCGCACCUCCCCGUCGCGAGCAUGGGCCGAGAUUGGGCCAUCGACGCCGCCGAUGCGCUGUUCGCGCGCCAGCUGCGCGCCGCGGGGCACCUGCUGUGGGUCAGCACCCCCGACGCGGCGACCGCUGGCGGCAGCCUGGCGGCGCGGCCGCCGGACCGCGCGGAGGCGCUGCUGCUGGAGGAGCAACGCACGCGCACCGAGGUCGCCGCGCCGGGCGUGUACCGCACGGUGUGCUGCGAGGUCAGGCUCACCCACCUGGCCGUGAACGCCGUGCUGGAGGCGGCCGCCCUGUCGGAGUUAGAGGGCACAGCCCUCGUGGACGAUGGCAAGGGCUGCGGGGCCGCCUUUGUGGUCCUGCGCUCCCUGGCCCAGGCAUGGCUGGACGACGCCUCCCGCCACUCCAACGUGUGCGCCGACACGCUGCUCCUCAACAUGUACCGCUGGAUCUGCUCGCCCGCCUCGCGCCUCCACGACCCCGCCCUGAAGCAGACGGUGCAAUCCCUGAUGCACAAGCUCCUGCUGCACCUCGUGUCGGAGCUGCGGCGGCUGGGGGUCACGGUGGUCCACGCGGACGCGACCUCCCUCAUCCUGUGCACGGGGAAACGCAACCUGGCCGCCGCCGUCGGCUACAUCGACUACAUCCUGGAGACGCUGGGCAAGCGGGAGCUGCUGCAGUACCUCUCCUUCACCCCCACGCGCAUGUGGCACGCCCUGCUCUACAAGGACAGGUAUGACUACAUUGGCAUUGCGGCACGGGUGCCCGCCGUCUUCAUGGAUGCCCUGGGACAGACCGGAUCCCUUGCAGAGGCACGCCUGCUACAGACGCAUGGAGAGAAGCUGGAGGUGAGUGCAGAGGAGCUCAACGCCCCUCGCUUCGACUACCACUUCACACUGAAGGCACCCUUCAAGCUCUCCAUGCAGGACUUCUUGCCGUCUGCCCUGCAUGCCACCUUCAUGACGCUGGUAACAGAGUUCCUGUGGCUCCCAUGGCAAGCCGCCAUGCAGGGACUGGAGAAAGGGCCCAGCCAGGGAGGCUCCCAGGCCAGCAAGGACACCUCACAGAGCCUGGAGGCGCAGACGCUCUGGUUGCGGACCGCCUUGCCCAAUCAGUUCACCUCCAACCUCUUGAAGUACGUCAAGUACAUAUCAAUGCACGUUGGAGCGAACGAUGGGAUCGAGGCCCAUGCUUUCCCCGAGCGUGCUGGGUCUCACCUCUCUCCGGUGUUGGUCCUUCGUCGCCAACUCCUGCGCAUGGUGCACGUCAAGGAGUUCAGCGCCGAGGCCGUCUUCCAGGAUCCCUGCGCCAGCCUCGUGCUGCGUGACGUCAUCUGCCCGCACUGCCAGGACUGCCAGGAUCUGGACGUGUGCAAGGACCCCCAGCUGCAGGCCCACGACUGGCGCUGCGGCGCAUGCGGCGCCCCGCGCGACCCUGUGGAGGUGGAGUCCGCGCUGGGCGACGCUCUGGGCACGCUGUGUGACGCCUCCGUGCUCCAGGAUCUGCAGUGCCUCAAGUGCCACAGCGUGGCCACCGAACACCUGCGCGCCCAGUGCGACCAUUGUGGCGGCCCGCUGGCGACCUGCCGGCCGGCCGCGGAGACACUGGCCAGGGUGCGGGUGUUCGAGAGGGUGGCGCGCUUCCACGGCAUGCCGGUGCUGGAGGAGCUGGCUGGCUGGGUGCUGGCCCAGCAGGGCAGCACCGCCUGA